AUGUCAGGUGUAGGCCCCACGGCCCCUGAGCAACCUACAGAUGAAACGGGAAGCCAAGUAAAGUCAGCGGAUCCAAGGCCUGCUGUCCCUCCAGGCUAUGAUUCCCAUGUGGUACCAGGGCCGCCUGGAGCAUACGUUCCUCCUCCGGCAGGCUACCCAGGAGGCGUGCCCAUGGGAUAUUAUGGUCCACAGCAGCCUGGUGCCUUCCCAUUCGGCCAGCCGCCCAGUAGUACCCAUCCUAUCCAGUACCAGCCUGGCAGAUAUCCAGUCUCCAGUCAGUCCGCUCCAGUAAUAUGGAUGCCAGGGCCGGCUCCCAUGCCCGACUGCCCGCCUGGUCUGGAAUACCUGACCCAGUUGGACAACAUACAUGUUUUUCAGCAUUUUGAACCUCUGGAAUUGAUAACACGUUUUGAAAUUAAUAACAAAUACGAUGUUAAAAACAACCUGGGCCAGAUGGUGUACUUUGUAACUGAAGACACAGAUGACUUCACCAGGAAUGCUUACCGGACACUAAGGCCCUUUGUCCUCCGGGUCACGGACUCCAUGGGUCGGGAAAUCAUGACAAUGCAGAGACCCUUCAGAUGCACCUGCUGUUGCUUCUGUUGUCCCUCCACCAGGCAAGAGCUGGAGGUGCAGUGCCCGCCCGGCCGCACCCUGGGCUUCGUCAGGGACCACUGGAACAUGUGCCAGGUGGCGUACAGCAUCCAAAACGAGAAGAAGGAAAAAGUGCUGAGCAUCCGUGGGCCGUGCUCCACCUGUGGCUGCGGCUCGGACUCUGUGUUUCAGGUCAGAGCCAUCGACGGCGUCUCCCAGGCCGGCAGCGUCGUCAGGAAGUGGCACGGCCUGAUGUCGGCCAUGGGCCAGGCGGACCACUAUGACAUCCACUUCCCGCUGGACCUGGACGUGAAGAUGAAGGCCAUGAUCUUCGGAGCUUGCUUCCUCAUCGACUUCAUGUAUUAUGAAAGAUCACCACAGCAAGAUAGAAGAACAAGAUAG